CCAAAACAGCUGUGAAUAGCGCAUGCAAGGCAGGCGCGUGCAGGCAUUGUUGCUUCCCCAAGAUCCAUUGUGCAGGCAGCUUUCGAGAUCGACAAUCUCUUCUCCAACCACCAUCAUUCCACCGUCAGCCUCGGUCACACGAGUUACGCCCUUCUUCCGUCUAGCCCUAGGUCGGCGAGGUCAAUAAUUCUUCAAUCUUGACUGAACUACGCUUUCGAGUAGCUUCGGGAAUGACAAACACACCGAUCGCCAAAGACCAGUAGAUUGCCAACGAUGGCGGCUGCCGACGUAGACCUUGGCUACGUCGCGGGCCAUCUUGGCCUGGACCAGCCGGUCUUGCAGAAUCUAGCUACACAACCGACUGUUGAGCUUGCGAAUGCGAUUCUACAAGCGAUAGCAGCCAAAGCUCACGAGUUCGACGAGCUGUACGCCGCAAAAUUACAGACCGACAUCGAGCUCGAAAGUGCGGUCCGUAGCGCCGAGUCGCGGACCGAAGUUUCUCAAUCAACCGUCGAAAAGGCUCUCAAGGAUGUGCAGGAGGCUCGAGAGAAACUUCGAGAAGAGGCAGAGAACAAGCGACAAGCUGUCGAGUCUGAACUACAGACGCUCAAGGCGAAAACACUGAGUCACGAUGAUGAAGUCAAAGCCUUGAGCGACAAGAUAGAAGCGCUACAGUCGUCUAACCGCACUAACCUGGAGAUCAUCGAGACUCGCAACAAGCAAAAGGAGGAAAUUGCCGAAGACCUAAACAAGCAGCAUCAGCGAACCGUCGAACUCUCACGUGAAAUCACCAAUUUGCAACGAUCCGAGCAGGCCGUCAAAGCGCAGCUUAGCAGUGCCGAGUACCGAGAACAUUCCCUCAAGCAGCAACUCGACCAAGCUCGGCGCAGUGGCGAAUGGUUCGAGGAAGAGCUGAAGACCAAGACCCAGGAAAGCCUGAAAUAUCGCAAGGAAAAGGGAGCCCGUAUUGCCGAGCUACAGCGCCGAAAUGAAGAUGCGAAAUCGGAAAUUGACGCUCUCAAGAAGACGGAGCAACAACUGCGCGAUCGCCUGAAAGCCAUGGAGGCCAAGGCGACCGAAGCUCUCGUCAAGGUUCAAAGGCAAGAAAGUGCGUUCGCUUCGCAGGUCGAAAGCUACCAGCAUGAGCUCGCCGCGCAAAAGCGUUUGGUCGACAUGUCAAACUCGUUGAGCAAGAACCACCAAGAACGAAUCCGGGACCUCGAAACCGCCCGCGAGCGACUGAUUGACAACCAUGAAGCCGAGCUCCAUCGCGUUCGACGUGAAAUGGAGCAGGAGAGACAAUCCGCCGCCAGGCUCGAAGAGAAGGUCCAAGAGCUUGAGAGGCAGAUCGACGAGCUUCAAGUGCGCGCGGAGCAAGCCCCAACUCAAAUGGAACCGCCCGAAACACCGAGACACAAUGGUUCCGCCAUGCCACGACCUUCUUCGCCGUUUGCGACACCAGGCUCGGUACGGGGCAAGUCUUCAAUGUCGGUAACUCAGGCGAUCGAGCAAGUCUACCAGGCUAAGGCUCAGCUGGCCAACGAGAAGAGGCGGACCCAGCAGCUCAGCGAAGAACUAGACAACAUGAUGUCUGCACUGGAGAUGAAGGCACCGGAGAUCCAAGAGCUUCAGUCAGAAGUCGAGACUCUUCGCGAGGAGAUCACUCGCAUGUCUGACCUGUCACAGCAAAGCUUUGCUGAGCGAGACGAGGCCAAGCGAAUGGCCAGGAAAGCAGAGGCAGCUUUGUCAACGGCGCAGACCGAAACGAAGAUUCUACGAACACAGGUCCGUGAUCUUGGCACGCAGAUCCAAUACCUCGUGUUCAACAUCCACGCCAUGGAGAAGGGUCAGGAAAAGCUAACCGACGAGGAGAAAAUUCGUCUUGCGCAGCUUGAGAAGGGCGAAAUCACGGAGGAAGCUCUGUCAGACAUGUCUGACACCCAACAAUUCAUCACGGAACGUCUGGUCGUGUUCAAAAACAUCAAAGCCCUGCAAGAACAGAACGAAGAGGCGCUGCGCAUUACCCGUAAUCUGGCAGAGGAGAUGGACAGCCAAGAGAACGCCGAUGCCAAGAACCAGGCCAAGCUCGACCACGAGAAGGCUGAGAGACUGGAGAAGGAUCUUGCCAACAUGACUGAUGAGCUCAAGUUCAUCAAAAAGACCAUGGACAGUUACAAGUCCGAACGUGACAUGUUCAAACGCCUGGUACAGCAGCGCGAUACGGCAGAAGGUGAGAGCCCACGCCCACCCCUCGCUAGCAUCGAGGGUGGCGAGCAGACCGAGACACUCAACGACGCCCUUCACAAAGUUCAGUCUGAGUACGAUCAGUUCCGCGAGGACUCAGAUGGCGUCCGCCGGGAGCUGAACAAUCGGAUUGAUGGGCUCACGUCUGAGAAGCAUUCACUGCAGAAGAACAACGUCACACUGCAAGGCGAAGUCAGACUGGAAGUGGAACGCCGCGAGAUGCUGCAAGCAAACUUUGUGGCCCUUCAGUCUGAGAAUGUUGAGCUCAAGAAGCGCAGUCAAGUCCUGUCCGAAAGCGCCGCCAAGCAAGAUAUCCGAACCCAGCAAGUGAUGGAGGAGCUCAUUGAGACAAAGGGGUUACUUGACAGCACCAGAAAUGAGACAAUGAACCUAAAGGCCGAGAAGAAAUUCUGGAACGACAUCCAAGAUCGCAUGAGAAAGGAGAACGAGGGCCUGAUUGAGGAGAGAAACAAGUUGAACGAUUUGAUUGCAACUCAUCAAUCUAUGGAAAACGAGCGUUCUCGGUCCCACUCGGAAGAAAGGAGGAAAAUGCAAGGGCGCAUUGAUGCACUGGAACGCGAUCUCAACGAAGCACAGCGUAAGCUUGCGGACGAAGCCGAAGACGCCAAACGCCUGCAGCAGCGCAAAGAGUUUGAGGGCAAGGAGUCUCAAAAGCGAAUUGAUGAGCUACUUGCAAAUCUCAGCCAAAUCCGCGAGGAGCACGUGGCUGUUAAGACUAGCCGCGACCAUCUUCAGGCCCGUGUCGAUGAGUUGACGGUCGAGUUGAGGAGUGCUGAAGAUCGCGUUGGCCGGUUGCAGCCCCGGCCCACCCCUCGACCUGGCACGGCUGUUGAUACCUCAGAGUUUGAAAAUGAGAUUCUGGAACUCAACAACGAAGUUGCCGACCUCAAGAGGGAACUUGAUCUAGCCCGGACACACCUGGACAACGCCAAGGCCCAGGCUGAGCAAUUCAAGGAGCUGAGUCAGUCGAAUGAGGAGACGCUUGAUGAUAUACGGGCUUCCCAUGAAAGUUACCAAAAAGAGAUGGAGAAUCUUGUCGAGGAGAAGAAUGCGAAGAUCAAGGAGCUGGAGCAGCGCAUCGACGAUAUGUCUAGUGAGCUUUCGCAUUCCAACGCCGAACUUUCCAGCAUCCGUGAUUCUCAGGGCGAGAUCACCCGGCGUCACCAGGAUGAGAAGGCCAUCUUGGAAGAAGAGGUAACGCGUCUCAAGGAAGACAAUGCGAAACACAUUGAGACAGCCCGAUACCACCAGGAGGACCUCCGUGCCCAAGCUGACAUUGCGUCGAUGGCACAGCGCAACUAUGAUGCUGAGUUGAUCAAGCAUGCGGAGGCGGCCAAGCUCGCACAACAACUCAGAAAUGAGUGCAACGAGUUCAAGAACCAAGCUUUGGAAUUGCGCAGCGAAGCCGACGCAGCAAAGGUCACCUUGGCGCAAAGCGAAAGCCUGUGGGAAGAUCAGCGCCACCGCCUCGAGCAGGAAGUCAGGGACCUCAAGGCACGUCGCGACGAUACCAAUUCACAAACGAAGCUUCUUUAUCAGCAGUUGGAGAGUCUCACUGCACAACUUGACACCCUCCGCCAAAGCCGCCCAGACGAAGAGGCUGACGAUGAGGCCAUGUCCCCUGUUCCGAUGGGUGACAUGAACCAGCGCAUGCUUGAGUUGAACAGCUAUCUCCGAAAAGAGAAGGAAAUCUUGGAGAUGCAGCAUCACAUCAAGACGGAAGAAGCCAAGAGGUUACAGCAGCAAUUGGACCACGCUCGCGAAGAGCUCGAUGCACUGCGUGUAGAACUCCAGCAAGAACGCGACCAAUCUGGUGCUGGCGCAGCCUCUUCCACCGCCUACAACGAUCUUAUGGGCAAGCUUGCGGAACUCAACACGUAUCGAGAGAGCACCACAACUCUCCGGAACGAGAACAACCGUUUGAACGAUCUCGUAGCGGAGAAGACGAAGCACGUCGAAGACAUGGAGGCGAAGAUCCAACCGCUCAACGCUCGGAUUGCCACCUUGGAGGCGCAGCAGACGUACCUCGAGGAGGAAAUCAAGCAGGUCAAGGAAGACCGCGAUCGAUGGCAGAAACGUACUGAAAGCAUCCUGACCCAGUAUGGCCGUGUCGACCCUGCCGAGAUGGAUGGCUUGAAGGAAAAGCUGUCGCAACUCGAGACUGAGAACACGUCAUUGAAGGAGCGCGAGCAGACUUUGGUUAACGAAAAGACUGAGUUGAGCGCUCAGGUACAGAAGGCGGAGGAGCAAAAGGCAGAGAUGGAUGCUCAGGUGAAACAAGAGGAAGAGAUUCGACGCGAGUGGAAGAAGUCGCAAACUGAUCGACUGAACAAAAAAGUCAAGGAGUUGAGAGAAGCAGAUCAGAAAAAACUCGAGUCUACGCGAGAGGCCGAGCAGAAGGAGCUCCAAGAGGCCAAGGAGGCCAAGGAGGCCAUUGAGAAAGAGCUCAGUGCAUCGCAGCAGGAGACAGCAACGCGGACACAAGAAAAGACCAGCCUUGAGGAGCAGCUGCAACGCCUACAAGAGCAGCUCGAGGUCGCCGGGAGCGCUCGGGCUGAGAAACCAUCUGAGGCGACUGCUUCAUCGGCGAUUGUUUCGCAAUUGGAGCAGCAGCUUUCUGCAGCCAAUGCCGAGCUCGAGUCUGUUAAGGCGCAGCUGUCUAACGCCCAGCAGGAACUCGACUCACUCAAGGCACAGAUGCAGACAGCGGUGUCCGAACGUGACGCUACCAUUGAGCAGCUGAGGGCCGCCGCUUCCGCGUCUCAAACUACAGAAAACGUGGGAGAACCAAGUCAAGCUCCGGCAACGGAGCCUGCAGCCGCGCCUGGUCUGUCAGACGAAGAGCGGAAACAAUUGGAGGACAAGAUAACUGCGUUGGAGACCAGGGCAAAGGAGUUCGAAGACAAAGCCAGUCAACUCGAAACACAGUCUCGCAGCGUGCAAGACGACUUGCAGAAGCAGCUUGCUUCUUGGGAGAAGCAGGCCAAGGAGAAGGACAUUGAGAAUGUGAAGUUGCGACAGGACAUUGCCCUGGCAGCGAUUAACAACCCGGAGCCAGCUGCCCCAGUGCCUGCGACACCACAAUCCAACAACGCGCCCGCGAACAACGGUACCCCAGCAUCAGCCACGGAGCCCAAGUCUGAGGAUCAAGGCGACAAGGAGAAAGAGAAGGACGAGAUCCCUGCUCUGGACGACCUGGCGCCAGCUUUCGCAGCCUUGGAGGAGAAGAAGCAGCGUAGUGUCCUGCUCCGCGACACUAGGGUCAAGUCGCUCUUCGCCAAGAAUUUCGAGGCCAAGAGGCAGGCGCUGGAGAAGGAAGCCAAGGAGACGGGCAAGAGAGAAGCGCGGGACGAGGCCAAGCAGCAAGCGGAGAUGAAGUCUAAGGUCCAGAUCAACUUUGCCAAGAACCAGCUGACCCAGGCCAACGUCAAACUCGAGGUGGUCCGCAAGGCCGCUGAAGAGACUCCCCAGAAGCCAGUCGUUGAAAUUUGGGAGGUUGCAAAGGUUGCCAAACCCCCGCCAGCGUCAGCUGCGAAUGGGACUCCAGGGGCCGCCGCGGUCUCUGCCUCACCCGCUGGAACACCGCAGAAACCAGGGGCUCCCGCGGGGAAACCUACCCAGCAGACUCCAACGGCAUCACCAGCGCCUUCUCGAGCUCAGAGUACCUCGACACCGGGCGGCGCACCAGUGGCGGGCACUCCGUCGAACCAGCCUAAGAAUCCGUUUGAUGUCGUCAAGGGACCUGCCGCAAAUGCACCGACAAAUCCAUUCUCAGCAUCAACGUCGAGCCAGCCACCUACGCAGGGCAACCAGCCGCCCAGGACAGGCAUUCCCAUGGUCCGGGGCGCUCGCGGUCGUGGAGGAUACGUCCAUCCAAAUCAGCGAGCUGCGAGCGGCACCCAGGAGUCUGGGAUUCCUCAAGCCGGUCGUGGUGGACGUGGCGGUGGCGUCACUCGGGGAGGCAGAGGAGGGCUGAAUCCUGGCGCGCAAGAUUUCCAGUCGGGGACGAAACGUCCUAGAGGCGACUCGGACGCCGAAGGGGGGGCAAAGCGUGCACGAGGCGCUCACUAG